UCCUUCCUUCCUUCCUUCCUUCCUUCCUCCCUCCCUUCCUUUCUUCCUCCCUUUCUCAAAUGUUCUUUCACAUCCCUCUGGCUCUAAUGUCUAUGAAUUCCCGCUAUAAGCUCCCCACGCCCAUCCUCCAAAGGGAAGAGACACCAAAAGGCCCCCUCAGCCGUUGCAGCCCCACCUGGCCAGCUCCCGGCCCCCUCACGCCCCCCAAACAGUAGGAGUUGGGGCUGGGCCAAAGGCUGCAGCUGCCCAGAGACAAGGAACGAGUCAGGGCUGAAACGGGGACAAGGGAAGCCGGACCGGGGCUGAGAAACGGGUAGAAUGUUCUCCCUUCCUCCCCCACUCCCAGGUGGACCUGGAGCACACCAUCGGUCAAGCAGCUGCCAUGGGCGCGCAGGGCGUGGUGCUCUGGGGGGAGGCCGACUACGCCAGGAACCAGAGCACCUGCCUGAAGAUGCGCCGGUACCUGCUGAGCCGGCUGGGCCCGUACGUGCUGAACGUGACCACGGCGGCCGCGCUCUGCAGCCGGACCCAGUGCGGGGGCCACGGACGCUGCCGCCGCCGGGCCCCCGACUCGCCCAGCUACCUGCACCUGGAGCCCGCCACCUUCCAGAUCCGCGUGGCCACGGCGGCCAACCGCACCCGGGCCUCCAUCCAAGGCCGCCUGGGCCCCCGGCAGCAGGAGGCCCUGAGUAGGGACUUCAUCUGUCACUGCUACCAGGGCUGGCGGGGGGACGGCUGUCAGGAAAGGAGCCGGGCCGGGGGGGCCCCGUCCCUCUCCCUGCUGCUUCUGGCUGCCAGCCUUGGGGGGCUGUGGGCCUGGACCCCGUGACCGCCCACCGGAACUCCCCCCCACUGAAGAACGGUCACUGCUGUCAGGAGGCAGGACCCCAGAGGACGCCCAAGCUCCGCCGGCUUACGUUCUGCAUGUGUGGCUGCGGGCAGGGCACUCGGCUCCCUGAGGGUCUCGGGCCCAGCAGCCUCCAUUGGGGACGCCUUGGGAUCCCUCAUUUCCCUCUGCCCUUUCCGAUUAGAGAAGAUCUUGACCUUUGGCCUCAAAGCUCCCCUAGAGACCCCGUAGUUCAACACUGUAACCAGGACAUUACUGAGACUGUAUCCUAUCACCAAGGUCCAUUCACAUUGGAAUCCAAUGGUCCUCCGAGCCCAGGCCAGACCCCCACGACCCCCACCUUCCACUCACCCCGGGGGCCCUCCCUUGGUGAAACCCCUCGGGAGUGGGCCGUGGCUGGGCUGAUGUGCCAAGUCCAGCUCCCUGUCUCCGGGACCAAUGGUGCUAGUGGGCCCUGGGGUGUGGGGAGGGCCUCAGGCCGAGCCCCAUCCCUGCCCCCACAGGGAGUCCUCCCAGAAGCCUCCAAUAAAGUGUUUUCAGAUGAGAAAGCUGUCCUUGGCGGUCUGGAGCUGGGGAAGGUGGGCUGAGUGACGGGGGCGAGCCCUUGUUCCUCUCAGAUGUCUCUUACAUCAAACGGGAGGUCUCCCAGGU